GGGUGUGUGUUAAGCAAGCAGGGAUGGCUUUAACCAGCCGGUGCCGGCUCCGAGGUCGCAAGAUCCCCAUGGAAACGGAGUGCGGGACAAUAAUGUCGUCCCGCUCGGACAGGUACAUGAUGCCGUGAGUGUUUGUGUGUCCGUGUGUGUUGUCUGCGCUCAGAUGUGUUGUGUUGUUGAUCUGUAGUCCGCAGCUGCAGCAGCGUCCUCAGCCUGUUAACGUAGCGAUAACCACACUGACUCCCCUCCUCCUCCUCCUGCUCCUGCUCCUGCUCCUGCACACUGCACGGAGAUCUGCCAGGUGUCGACUCCUGACAUUGAUAAAGAAACACCUGUCUGUCGGGAUCUGUGGAUUUACUCGUGCAGGAUGGUGAGCGCAGUCAGCUGUAGAUGAGUCAUAGUCGGUGUGAACGCGGAGCUCUUCAGAAGUAGUGGGAGUGGGGAGGACUCGUUGGACCGGCUCCUGCCCCCCGCCGGGGCCCCUCGCAGGAAGAGCGCUACCUCACUGAGUAAAACCGAGCCUCCUCUGCUCCGCACGGGCACACGCACCAUCUACACCGCUGGCCGACCUCCCUGGUAUGACGAGCACGGGGCGCAGUCAAAAGAAGCCUUUGUCAUCGGGUUGUGUGGGGGCAGCGCCUCAGGGAAGACCACCGUGGCCAAUAAGAUCAUUGAGGCUCUGGAUGUGCCGUGGGUUGUGCUGUUGUCUAUGGAUUCUUUCUACAAGGUCUUAUCUCCUGAGGAGCAGGCUCUGGCAGCGAGUAACGACUACAACUUCGAUCAUCCGGGGGCAUUCGACUUCGAGCUGCUGGUCGCCACCCUGAGGAAGCUGAAGCAGGGCAAGAGUGUGAAGAUCCCGGUGUACGACUUCACCACGCACGGGCGACAGAAAGACUGGAAAAACGUGUACGGCGCCAGCGUAAUUAUAUUUGAAGGUAUUAUGUCUUUUGCGGACAAAGAGCUUCUUCAGCUCCUGGAUAUGAAAAUCUUUGUGGACACAGACUCAGACAUUCGGCUGGUUCGCCGGCUCCGCAGGGACAUCACAGAGCGCGGGCGAGACAUUGAAGGCGUCAUCAAGCAGUACAACAAGUUUGUGAAGCCGGCCUUCGAGCAGUACAUCGAGCCGACCAUGAGGCUGGCCGACAUUGUUGUGCCGAGAGGUGGUGGGAACAUGGUGGCCAUUGAUCUGAUUGUCCAGCAUGUUCACAGCCAGCUGGAGGAGCGUGAGCUCAGUGUCAGGGCGCUCCUGGCCUCGGCUCAGCAGAACCAGCCGCUGCCUCAGACGCUCAGCGUGUUGGAGAGCACGCCGCAGGUCAGAGGCCUGCACACCAUCAUCAGGAAUAAAGAAACCAGUCGAGAUGAGUUCAUCUUCUACUCAAAGAGAUUAAUGCGGCUUCUCAUAGAACAUGCGCUAACAUUUCUACCUUCUCAGACAUGUGUGGUUCAGACUCCACAGGGUCAUCAGUACGAGGGCCGCAGCUCCAACGGUAAAGGGAUCACCGGUGUGUCGGUCCUGCGGGCAGGAGAGACCAUGGAGCCCGCCCUGAGGGCCGUGUGCAAGGACGUCCGCAUCGGCAAGAUCCUCAUCCAGACCAACCUUGACUCUGGCGAACCGGAGCUGCAUUACCUGCGUCUGCCCAAAGACAUCAGCGAAGAUCAUGUCAUCCUAAUGGACAGCACAGUCUCCACCGGCGCUGCUGCCAUGAUGGCAGUACGAGUCCUGUUGGAUCACGAGGUGCAGGAGGACAGGAUCGUGUUGGUGUCGCUGUUGAUGGCAGAGCUCGGGGUGCACUCUGUGGCCUACGCCUUCCCAAAGGUCAAAAUCAUCACCACCGCCGUGGACAAGAGUCUGGACGAUUUUUUACAUGUAAUUCCCGGUAUCGGUGACUUUGGCGACCGAUACUUCGGGACCGACAGCUGGAGUGACGACGACCAGGACCAGCCGUCAUACUGACACAAACAUCUGUGAGCCUCUGUGAAAGAAAACACAACACUACUUGAAAACUCCCAUUGUUGUGCAUAUUCCCCUUUAGGCAUAAACCAGAAGAAAAAGAAACUGUUAUAUAAUUCUAUUCACUUUUUGUGUACUGCACAUGACUUUUUGUACUCUUAUAUGACGGAUGAGUCUCGGUCAAGUUGUAUGCACGAGGGAUGUUUUGUUUUAUUUACAGCUGCGUGUUGGUCAUUAAUAUUUCAUACAGAAGGGUCACAAGAGGUGAAACAGUGCCAUUACCUCUGAGGUACAGUAAUACAAUAACAAUAUUAUUGUUAUCUAAAUUGUUUCAUUCAGAUUGCACCAGCUGUUCAUGACUCUAAGCAACUGCUAGAGUGUUAAACUAGAUUAAUAAAUCAGGUUGCACCAAUAAAACUUAACCAACAUGUAAACUGUGUAAAUUGGUUGCUAGCAAACAUCUGUACCAGCCACAGUGUUAACUGGUGAUAACAAUAAUGUUAACACACUCACAAUAACAUUAAUUAAUUUUAGGUAUUGUUUGCUGUGUUCACUUUGACUUUACCAUGUUAGCAAGCUGACAUUUGUUAGUUAGAAAUUAAGUUAAUACCUUUGACGUACGAUACAAAACAAAUCAAUCGCCGUAUUAUUCUAAAUGAUUGUAUUCAAGCUUGCGCCAGCCGUCAAAUUAUCAGUGUUUGCUUGUUAACAUCGAGUCACGUCGCAUCAGGUCGAUGGCGUUAUUUGGCUGAAGUUCACAGUCUCUCUGGAUCGAUUGCAGCAGAUUCAGAUCUGUGUGCAGAGUGAGGAGACUGACUCCUGAUCAAUGAGGACAGAGCGGCCCGGAGCGUUCACCUCACAGCCGACUCUCUUUUGUGAGGGUUUAAAACAGGCGGGGUAUCGAACCAAGUCUGUCAGUCAGUCUGAUUCCUUCAAACACUGUUGAUUUUUCUGUGCUGUCCUCGUGUUUGUUUGUUUUUUCUAGUUGAAGGAGUUUGCGAGCACUCUUCAACCUCGUUUAAUGACCAUCAAAAGUCAAUAUCCCACUAGGUUACCUGCAUCAAGAGAGUUGCCUUUCAUUAGUCUGGUGCCUGCAGGUUUUGUUGUACACCCCCUUUUUUUCUCUGUUUGAGUUCAUUGCGGACUUAAGAGGCGGUAAAUGAAGUAUAUUUCACUCUCAUAAUUAUCUUAAGAAGCAUUUUUUUAGUGUUAUCAAGUGGUUUGGGGCCGGCUUGUAGGUCAGACUCUGACCACCGUAGAUAUCUCUACAAACUUCAACGACAAGGUACAAAUUGAGCAAGAAGAUGUGUCACAACUUGUAUAACAAGUUAAAAACCUUUAAAAAAAUAGUGUCAACAAACUGAACAUUUGUUCUUCCUUUGAAGUUUUCUGUUAAUUCCUUCAGGACAGGACAACGUGACUCACUGCUCUGUGACUCAGAUGUAAUGUUAAUACAUGAGAGGAGCUAAUUAUAGGCUGAAGAGUCUGAGUUUAUGAACAGCUGGUGCAAAAAAAAAAUAUGCUCAGAUAUAAAGCCAUUCAUCUUUAUGCUGCUCUAACAAGACUUUUUUUUUUUUGUGUACAUGUUGUGUGAGAGAACGACCACAAAUUAAUCUGAAUCUUCGUAGGUUACCACAUUUCCACAAUAGGUUUUAGAAUGCCUAAAAAAAAAAAUCAAUCUUAAAUUCAGAGUAGCAGAAAACAUCUGCUACUGACUCAACUUCCGGUUCUCACUGCCUCUUUCUACUUCCACCUGAAACCUGUCAUGUCUCCGCUGUGCGUCUGGACUGACAGACGGGUCGCCGUCGGUUCGAGGUCACGGCCGGUCACACGCUCACUUCUGAGUAUUUUCCACGGUCCUGUGACUCUCAGGGUUCAGACACAGGCCGCCCGCUCUCUGUGAUACACUCUAAAGCCUGAGGGGGUCAGUAUAGCUCACAUUAAGCUUCUCCACAGUGUGAUUUAUAGGGUGUCCCUCUGAGCACCCAGUGUCUCUUUACAUUACCGGAGAAUGCGCGCAGACUCACCUGCGUCACCUCCACCGCACGUUCAAACAUGUUGAAUCUGAUGUCAUGAAUGUGAGUUUGGAAGUAAUAAUAAUAAAAAAAAAUCAUCCCUGUGGUUUUAUUAUCUUUACCAACUGACCUGGUGCAGAAAUACAACGUGUUCAGAGCUCAGUUAAAUGACGUUAAAUGUGAUUUCAGGGUUGACGGAAUGAGCAAUAAAAGAAACCUGGAGCCUC